UGGAUGGUGUUUUUGUGCAAAACAGCAAAAUGUUCAAAAUUCAUACUGAUUGUUCAUAAAGUGAAGAAACAUAAAUAAAAGCUUUUUUCCUGCGCAAAAUGUGUGUCACUUUACUCAAAGCAAACAAAUGCGUGUUAUAAGUUCUUAUAAUUAAUUCAUGUAGUAUGUCCACUUGUAAUAUAUUAUGCAGGGAUGGAUGUUUUAACACUUUCUUAAAACAAAGACAUCCUAUAUAACAUUAAACAUUACUAUAAGCUAUUAUUCCAUUUUAUAUCACUAAUUAUAAAUUGUAACUAAAGUGUAUUUAUAACGAGGCAGAGUACAUGGUUAUAAUGUACUACGGAACAUGGUCGGAGAUUCUUGGUCCACAGUGGUAUAAAAUGGUAUAACUAUUAAUUAUAAAACAUUAAAUCAAAAGGAACUUACAGCGCCUAAUGACUUAUGAACUUACAGCGCCUAAUGCAUGUUUGUAAGUGAUUAUAACAAUUGUUAUGUCCUAUGGAAGCAUUAUAUCAUGUCAUAAAUAUAUGCAUAAGUCAUUAUAGUGAUGAUUUUCAUGGAAAGUGUUACCAACAAUUGAUAUGAAACAUGUUAAUUAGUGAGCUUUAGAAGGCUGGUAAGCAGAUUUGUUUACUUUCUGGCAGAGCCAGGCCAGCUGUUUCUCCCUGUUACCAGUCUUUAUCGUAAGCUAACUUAACCGGCUGCUGGCUGAAACUUCAUAUUCAGCAUAAACAUAUGAGAGUGGUAUUGAUCUACUCAUUUAAUAGUGAUUCCUCAUCUUUGGCCACAUAAAGCAUCCUAAAUGCCUGUGAUUCAGACGUGUGUUUAUUUCUGCUCUCACAAUCCAUUUGGGUUUUUGAUUAAGGCUAGGGUUAGUCUCAAUAGAAUACAUUCAGGUCAAUAAGUGACAAAAACAAGGUUAUGAGUGUUUCUGUGGCAGCAGUGUGUCCAGUGCAUUUCUAAUCCGCUCACUAGUAAUAUCAGGUGCACAUUUACAUCUGCAUGAAAUAUCCAGAAGCAAUGCUGAUUGUGGAAAGGGUCACUAUGUUUCACUCAGUAAUUUUAUUGCUCAUUUAUAUUUUCAACUCACUGUCAGACUGUCUUGAAUAUUAUAGCAGCUGCACUGACUUGGGAUUUUUUUAUUCGCCACUGUUGGGAGGGAGAUGGAUUAGGUGAUGGAGAGACAAUGAGAGAGUGAGAGUUACAGACAGAGGGAGAGAGUCAGAGAGGGAAGGAGGGAGACAAACAAGGAGGUUUUUCUUGCUCAUGAAGAGAGCUGCUUGGCUUCAUCGUGCAUUUUUGCCCCUAGAAGGUAAGUCUACAUUUAUUGAUCUUAUACACCUUCAAAUUAAGUGUAAGUAAUAAGUCUAUUAUAUGUAAGUGUACAAUAAUGGCUUGCAAACAAUUAUCUUGAUUUUGCAACCGGCUAUACUGGCAGUGUAACAGGUUAUACAGUGUGUGCAUGUCCAAUUUGAAUUAGACCUGUCCUAAAUAAUUAAAAUGAAAGGUUGACAGAUGUAUCUUGUUACAGUGCACUCUGCAUGUUGUGCCCUAUAAUUAGUCAUUUAUAUGCCUCUAGAUUUGACUCCAACUGUGUUGAUGAUUUGUUCACAAAAGGUGGCAUAAUUUGUGCAACAGGUCAACUGAUUUAUCCCUCUCCUUUUCUUCUCACGGGAGGUCUGUCUCUUAUAAAAUCUCCGUGUAGUAUGGGAGAGCACAGCAGGUGCUCCUCUUAGCUAUUUCUGGAACUGCUAAAUUGUGCACACCAAAUCUAUGCAACACCAUGAAAAACAUAGGUAUUCCAGCACUCAUUUAAAAACAGGCUUAGUUACUCAUUUAAAAACAAUGUCUGAAAAUCAUCAGUCAUCCAGGUCAUAGUUACGGUGGUCAGUUCUGAACUGAAGAAGCCUCUUGGAUGAGAAGUGAAACGUCUGCCCUUGAUUUAACCCUCCUUAGAAUGACAUCUGAUCUGAAUGUUUGCUAUGUCCAACAUAAUUGUCAGUUAAUCAGUUUAAUGUAUUCUAACAUAGUGGAGGAACCUAAUUAAUAGUAAACCCAUUAUUUUUAUUAUACGUAACCCAGCUGAGUUAUGGAAUUUUAUCUUUUUCUCUAUAAUGUCUUUCUAGUUCUCAAUCAGCUGCCUCACCAUGAACCACUCAGGGAAGAUUUCCUUCCUCUUCAGCUGCAAUGUCAGCCCAAGUGAGAUGCCACAGCUCGACAUAAGUGUCACCAAAAGUGAGCCGCUGACAAUUGCUAUCCCCAUGACCAUCUUCUACAGCAUCAUCUUCUUCUUCGGAGUCUUAUUCAAUGGUGUGAGCAUACUGACCCUCCUCAUGGAUGCUCAUAUGCGAGUCAGUGCCAUUCGUUUCUACCUUCUCAGCCUGGUCAUAUCAGACAUUCUGCAGCUGUCAACUAUUCCGGUAACUUUGUAUCGGUAUUACUGGGAGAGCUACCCAUGGCGUCUGGGCCAAGCCGUAUGCAAGGUCUACUUUAUGGUCCGCCAAGUGUACUGUGCCACCACAAGCUGGGUUAUUGUGACCUUCACCACUGAGCGCUAUGCAGCCAUUUGCCACACUAUGUGGUCUGUCUCCAGCCUGAAGAAGUCUCGUUUGCCGUGCCUUCUUUUAGUAUGGAUCAUUUCUCUGGUCUCAGCAGUACCCUUUGCUCUAGUCUAUGACCAGACUCGUGCCUGCAUCCUGGACUACAAAGCCACUACGAGAGAAGAUGCCUUCCAUGUCUCCACAAUGUGUGAGAUGAUAGAGCCUGAUCCUGCACACAUCUACAAAGGAGCUUUGCUCCUGAGAGCGGGGUUCUUCUUUCUGGUCCCACUGGUCGCCAUCUUCACACUUUAUCUGCUCAUCCUGCUCUACCUGAGGAGAAAUGGACGUCAAAGGAGAAACAUGGGUCUCAUGCGGCUGGAUCCAGAAGGAAGACGAGAUGUCCAGUGUCAUCAGAAUGGAAAGCUACUUUUAAAUGAAAAGCGGGCUCUAAAACUCAUGGGUGCAGUUGUAGUAGCCUUUUUUGUUUGCAACUUUCCAGACAUUGCAUCAUCAUUGAUGCAGGUCUAUGUGGUAGUGUGGUCAGAUACCGUCCUUUCAGUAUACACAAUCCUGAAAACGUACUUGUCCCUUCCACUGUGGUAUAUCAAUGGUGCUCUGGACCCGCUGCUUUUCUGUAUUUCGUCACACACAUUUCGCAGGGCAUGCUGGAGAACACUGGGUAGGCUCAGGCCUCACUGCUACUGGAAGCAUAGGGGCAUGUCUUGGCUGCGGCAGAGAAGUUCUACUGAAGAAGCAAGCACACCACCCAGAGAGAUGAUUGAUGGAAAUGCUAUGGAGAGAAGAUGGACAAAAGGAGAAAUGAAGUCACGAACAAAUCAAAUCAGAGGGAUGGAGGUAGCACUGAUGAAAGCCCCUUUCAACAACAAGACUCUAAAUUGUGAGUGUUUAAAUUUUUAACACGAUUAUAGACUGAACACAUUCAUGACUUUGGGAUACAAAAAUUAAAUACAUAUUUUUCCAAAAAAAUCUGCUUUUCCCCCCUUAAUUGCUGCAAGGGCAUCUCAGAGAAAUCUAGCUCAUGUCAUAUGUUAUCUACGGAAGCCCUAAGCAGCCAUCCAUUCAAAUAUUUUUCUUACUCCGUUUCGAUAAUGAAAAUGAAAUAAUUAUCUCGAGAUCUCGAGAUGAAGAAUGUGUUUUUUACGUGAUAACGGGAUAAUUUACUCGUGACCUCGUGAUAACAAACCAGUUGUUUAACACAGGGGUCGGCAGAAACGUUUCAUGAUAGUAAUUUCAGAUUUCAGAUUGGUAUUCAGUGUGACCGGUUACCUCAGUUGGUAGAGCACAGCACUCACAGUCAAAGGGUUCUGCGUUUGAUCCUUACUUAAGACCAUUUUUUUUGUUUUAUCUUUUUAUAAUCCUCUUCAACAAAGUUGUUAUGAAGAGACUGUUUCAAAUUGCUCACAAUAAAGCAUGUACUGGACUGUGUGCGUCCCGGUGAUUGGUCCACAUCCAUCAACCUAUGGACUUUUCAUUUCCCCAUCAUUCACAGGCAGAGGAAAUUCCUGCUUCUCAAUCAGGGAAAUCCAUUCGAGGUGCGAACUAUGAUGGAGCCAGGGAGAGCUUUCCCCUUAAUAAGACAUGAACUCCCAAAGCAUGCCGAUUCCUGUAUUAAAUUUUUGUUAUCUUGAGAUCUCAAGAUAAUUAUUCCCUUGUCAGGGGAAAACAACAUUUGUUAUCUCGAGGUAAUUCUCCCGUAAUCAUGGGAAAACAGAGUGAAAAAUAUUUGAAUGGAUGGCCGCCUAGGGCUUCCGUAGUUUUCAGUAAUUUUUUGUAAAUAUUGUUUACUGUGUCUACAGAAUAUGUGGAAUUUACCUGUAUUGUGAUGCCAACAUUUAUGUUCUCAUGUAGCUUUUGUCUAGCUAGAAAUAUAUGAUUAGUGUUUAAAAACUUAUAUUAUUGUGACAGAUGUGAAGACAUUUAUUGUAGCAAUGCAAUUUUUUUGUAUGAGAUAUCAUAUAUCCCACAUUUCUAGAAAUGUGGUCCUAGCUACUGCUUUAGCUCAAUGUACAACUGUGCAAAAGAUUACUUGAUGAGAUGUGGUAGUGUGUAUUACUAUGUUAAGUUUGAAAUAUGUAUUCUUCAAAAGUGUUAUUCAGGUGCAGCGCUCAUAUACGCACGUACUGUGACAUACAUUUUGCAAUGUAGAGAACACAGAGAAGGGACAAAAUGGUCAGAUUAAAGAAGACUGAGGGUUUGUACAUUACUAAUCCAUGCAUUAGCCUGUCACAGUGUCAAAUGAUGGGUUAGCACCCUGAAUGAUUCACAGAGGAGUUGCUUACUGAGAGUGUUAAUCACAAUCGUGCUUUAUUGUAUUCUAGCCUAAAACACUAUUUGGGGCUGAUGUAGCUAAACCACAUUUUUGAACCAAACUGAUUUGUCUGUAAGUUUCAUGAUUUACAGUAUGUGACAGAAGUAUAUUUUAUACCUUUGUGAGUGUGAUAUAAAUGCAUAUUUCUGCCAUAUAUGAAUUUGGCAUUGAGUGGAGUGGAGUAGAAAAGUAUUUGAGUUGUCAAGACAACCAGCCACAGGAGACAUGAUGACUUAGCUGAGACCAGCUAUCAACACAUUACUCAAGGGUUCCUGAUGAUAUGUAAAGUAGAUACCCCAUUAAUGAGCACAGCCUGUGUCAAUUGUCAAUUCGUAUUACUACUGCACCUUUUCUAUUGCUCAUUAGAGUUAUAGGCUCCCUUAGAUCCCUGCUGAAUCUUUACUGACUCUUGAGUUACUCACAAACACAAAACAUAGCGAUGUUUGAUUUGAUUAGGAUUUUAAUUUAUUUAGGUUAAAUAAUAAAACAUAUAUGUCAAAAACACAUACAUGUGUAUUUGAACCCAGAGGAUGGCACAAUAAAGUCUUAAUAACCAGA